AUGGAGGAGCUAGCUAGUAACACCAGAGCCCAUGACAACUACACAGUCGGCUGGGUCUGCGCCUCACCAAAAGAGCAGACAGCAACGCUAGCCAUGCUCGGUGGCAGGCACGAGGAUCUCGAAUAUCCGCAAAACGACCCCAAUACCUACAGGUACUCUCUAGUUUCCAUCGGCCCUCAUAAUAUCGUUAUCGUCGGCCUACCCUUGGGCAAGUACGGCACCAAUACAGCAGCCACGGUCGCGACGCAAGUGACAUGGACAUUUCCUUCCAUAAAGUUUGGCCUGUUGGUCGGGAUUGGUGGUGAUAUUCCACCCAAGGUUAGGCUUGGGGACGUUGUCGUCGGCACACCUGCAGAGAAGAACGGAAAGUUCAAACGAACUGGCGCUCUGAAUAAUCCACCAAUCGCAUUGUUGACAUCGUUAUCAAAAAUGAGAGUCAGGGUCGCAUUGGAGGGCUCAACAAUAAAUCAACAUCUGGACAGCAUGUUUACGAAGUACCUGAAACUCGGGCAGCAGGUGGCAUACCAUGUUCUAUGUAUUCUGGAGCACAUUUCUGACCCUGUUCUUAUUUCUUUGGGUCAAAUGGUGGUGACAUCUGUGGUUCAGGACACUAGUUCCGUUAUCAGCACCGCGGCAGACAUCCAUAAGAGUGAGUCCAAGGAGGAUCUUAGGGAUAUCAAUGUCCAUUACGGUCUCAUCGCAUCCGGUAAUCAAGUCAUCAUGGAUGCCAAGGAGCGCGAUAGGGUAGACGCAGAAUGGGAAAGGAAUGCCCUUUGUAUCGAGAUGGAAGCUGCAGGGUUAUGGGACUUCCCGAGUAUUGUUAUUCGUGUCUGGCAGGAGUAUGCUUCAGCUGUGACUGCUGCAUACGCAAAGGAACUUCUGGGAUAUGUCCACCCGCGUCAUGUUGACACUGCGCGUUCAGUGAAAGAGAGCUUAGGGAACGGUUAG